CCAGGCGAUCAAUACAGUGGCGGCGACGUCAAGAACCCGUUCCAGGAGCGCGUCGUGCCCAACUUCACCGCGCAAGAAAUCGCGACACUACAGAGCCGGCUGAACAAGCAACUCGGCCCGGAGUUCAUCUCACAAAGACCUGGCCAAGGUGGCGGCCGAGUCGCAUAUCUCGAGGGGAACAAGGCCAUAGCACUUGCAAACGAGGUGUUUGGAUUCAAUGGCUGGUCGAGCUCCCUGGGGCAGGUGCAGAUUGACUACGUCGACGAGCAUCAGAAUGGCAAGGUCAGCCUUGGUCUAUCGAUUGUUGUGAGAAUCACAUUGAAGGACGGCACCUACCAUGAGGAUAUCGGUUAUGGGUCAAUAGAGAACGGCAAAGGCAAAGCGGCAUCGUUUGAGAAGGCGAAGAAAGAGGCCGCAACAGAUGGCUUGAAGCGUUCGUUACGCACAUUCGGCAACGUACUCGGGAAUUGUCUGUACGACAAGGAAUACCUCAAGAAGGUCCAGUCUAUGAAGGUCAAGCCGAUCAGGUUCGAAGAAGGCAACCUCCACCGACACCGGGACUUCGCACCGCCGCCGCAAGAACAGCAGGACACUGUCAAGCCAGAGACACACAAGACGCCUAGCAGGCCCAAUCAGAUUCUGAGGACACGAACCGAGCACCUCACACACUCGACUACUACGGAGUCAGCCGACUUUGAUGAUGAGUUUGACGGCAACCUCUUUGAUGGUGUAGAAGUCUCUGAAGAUCAUGGCGAGACCACACUCGAUUCGGCGUCUUCAGAUACAGUAGGACCACGAGCAAUCGAGGCACCGAGGUCAGGAAAUGGCACAAACGGCACGAAUUCGGACCGCAAUACGCCUGGUCCUAACAACGGUAAUCUACAGCCCCAGAGACAGUCGGCGCCGGUGGGGCGUGGACACGGAUUCUCACAGCAGUCUCAGCCAAAUCAAGGACCCGCCCGAGCGCAACCUAAUGGACCAAAUCAACGUGGCCCACAAACACCUCAGCAGCCUCGUCCAGACCAGGCACGACGCAUGCCACCACCAACAGGUGAAAUCCACAAGGCACCUGCGCCUCAGCAACAGAACGGACAACAGCGCCAACAGCAACCGCUCAGACCGACACCACCGCAAGCUCAGCAAGCUAAUCAGCCGCGGCCUGCGCCCCAAGGGCCCGGAAAUGCAGCGCCGCAUAGCAAUGGUCCCAACCCUAACGUUCCAGCACAAGUAGGGUUUGCCUCGGCUCGUGCAGCCGAACAGGUACAAAGCGCCAACUCUAGCAUGGCCCUCAACUCUGUUGCUUUCAACCCGCACGCCGAGUCUCCCGUUCCGAAAGACAAGCGCACACCCGGCCUCGACCACACCCGGAGCGUGCCUGUGAAACGUAAAGACGACGGCAACGCAGCUGCAGCUCAAGCACAAGGCGCAGGCCGCGCAGCAAACGGCGGCGCAGCAGGGUUCAACCGCGCGAGCAACUUUGUCAAGCCGCAGCAGGAUGCAAACCGACGGAUCGGUAUGCCGGCCGGAGGCCCGAGCUACGCCAUGAGUCCUAGUGCGAAUCGCGGCGCGUACAAGCCUCUCUCGAUCAACCAUCCGGCGGCCAACGCGCUGAAGCGGGAACGAGGCGCUCUGCAGGAUGUGACGAACGCGGGACCGAACGGUGCCGCUGCAGAGGGCGGCGAUGCGAAGAGGCAAAGGGUGGUGGAGGUGCCAGGGGUGGAGAACGCGGGCGUCACUUCGACCUAG